AUGCCGGUGUCACGUGAAUGCUUCAGGACCAUCUACCCGUUCCGACGCAUCCACACUCAGUCCGAUUCAAACCACAAAAAUGUAUCUCCAACUCAACGGUUGUUUGAUUUAUCCCUCAGCUUCUCGCGAACACCGCUGAGCGGCAAUACAAACAUGCGAUACACGCGCUACAAUGGCCGUGGCGUGGCGAUGCCCUUCAGCAAGCUGACGAAGCUCGACAUUGUGAACAAAUAUGGUCUAAGCGCACGCGAUCUGCGGACGCUCGAUGUGCCAUCCGAUGGAUUCCCACAUAUCCUCAUCCGGGAAUCCACCCUGCUGAUCCAUAUGUUCAAUCUGCGGCUGCUGGUGCAAGCCGACCAGAUGCUGGUCUUUCACCUGGACGAAACAGCUCCUCCAGAGUCCGAUACGAUCUCACGCGUCUUCCUCCGUGAUCUGGAGUCGAAACUACGCGGCGACCCCGGCUUGGGAGUGUCGGUGGGCUUGCCCUACGAACUGCGCGUUCUCGAGGCGGCGCUGGCGGCGGUCACCUCUACUCUCGAAGCGGAGUAUGUGCUAGCCAAGGAUCAAGUCAUGCAGACCCUACGCAUGGUGGACAAGGAGGAACGCGAGAUCCAUUCCAAUUUACGAACAUUAUUAGAGCUUGUGCGAAAACUCGCGGCGACCGAAAAGCGUGCGCGGCAGGUCCGCAGUGCAGUUCAAGACGUAUUGAAUACGGAUGAGGAUAUGGCUGCGAUGUACCUCAGCGAUAAACAAGCCGGGAAGCCUCACCAUGUGGAGGACCAUCAGGAUGUGGAAUACUUGCUGGAAGCGUACUACAAGGCGAGCGAUGCGGUCGUCCAGGAAGCGGCGAGCCUGAUGGGAACGAUUCAACAGACGGAAGAGAGUAUACAGUCGAUCCUGGACGUGCGACGCAACCAGAUCAUGGUGCUGGAAGCCAAAAUCGAGAUCCUGAUGUUAGGAAUGGCCGUGGCAACGCUUGUAGCGGGUUGGUAUGGCAUGAAUGUCGUGAACUACUUCGAAGAGAGCGGCACGGCCUUUGCCGUGCUGGUUACAUCCUGUCUGGUCGCCAUCGCCUUCCUUUCGCGAUAUGGCUUCCGGCAGCUGCGGAGGAUUCAGAAGAUGCAUCUAUAG